AUGGCAUUACAAACAAAAAAAGUGAUAUCACUUUUACCUUCAGCAGCAGAAAUAAUUGCUUUAAUAACAGAUGAUACCAGCAAUUCGAUCCAACUUGUUGGCAGAAGUCAUGAAGAUGAUUAUCCUAGUUAUGUGACUUCUUUACCAAUUUUAACAGCUCCAAAAACUAAAUUUACAACAUCUGCCGAUGUUGAUGUACAAGUAUCACAACUUCUUGCAGAAGGGAAAAGUCUUUACGAAUUAGAUAAAGGUUUAUUGAAAAGUCUGAAACCAGAUGUCAUAGUCACACAAGAUGUAGUAGAAUCAGUUAGAAAGGUGGGAUUAUCACUUGGAGCAAUAGAAAAAUCAGAUAAAGUGAUUUCAUCACUUCAAUCACGCAUUAAAAUUGCAAAAGAAGCAGCAUCAAGGUCAAAAAAUAAUGGACUGAAACCAGUAAAAGUGGCAUUUUUUGAAUGGUGUGAUCCUAUUUAUCUUGGUGGACAUUGGACUCCUCAAUUGAUUCGUUGGAGUAAUGGAAUCCAAGUGAUAAAUGAUUGUAAAGAUGAAGAAAUUGCUCAAGCUGGAGCAUCACCUUCAUUCCGAGUGCCUCCUCAAGAAAUUCUUGAUUCUAAACCUGAAAUUUUAAUAAUUUGUCCAUGUGGUUUAAAUCUUGACGAAACAAAAAAAGAAUAUGAAAAAACUUUGUUGCCUUCAAAUUGGUGGCCCGAAUUAGCCAAUAAUGCUAAAAAAAUUGCAUUGGUUGAUGGAAAUCAGGUCUUGUUGAUGCACUUGAAUGGCUUGUUGGAUAUAUUAAUGACAUGCCAGAAAUAA